AUGAGGUGGCAUGCUGAACAUGUCCAGAAGGAUGGCGAGGUCGCUCACCCAUCAGAUGCAAGAGCGUGGAAACAUUUCAACAAUGUAUACCCAGAUUUCGCUGAAAAUAUUCGGAAUGUCUAUCUUGGGUUAUGCACCGAUGGAUUUAGUCCAUUUGGUAUGUCUGGGAGACAGUAUUCUUUGUGGCCAGUUAUUCUUACGCCGUACAACCUGCCGCCGGACAUUUGCAUGGAACAAGAAUUUCUAUUCUUGACCAUAUUAAUCCCUGGGCCGAAGCAUCCAAAACGGUCGUUGGAUGUAUUUCUUCAACCACUGAUACAGGAGCUAAAGGAGUUGUCGUCAGAAGGGGUAAGAACUUAUGAUUGUUCCACGAAAACCAAUUUUACGAUGCGAGCAGUUCUGCUGUGGAUGAUAAGUGACUUUCCUGCUUAUGGAAUGUUGUCUGGCUGGACAACUCAUGGAAGAAGAAAUAAGACAUUGUUUAGGAAAAACAAAGUUGUCAGAGACAGUCCUCCUCCAUAUCUCACAGGCCAGCAGAUCGAGGAGGACAUUGAUUAUUACAGAGCUCAGAAAACUGUGAAGAAAGGAGAAAACUGGCAUGUUCCUGGAAAUAUGCCUGAUGGAUAUGGGGUAUCUCACAAUUGGCAUAAGAAAAAAGCGAAGUCAACUUUGUUUGACUGGGUUGCAUCAGAAGUGAAGUUUCCUGAUGGUAACGUUUCAAAUCUGUCAAGAUGUAUUGAACGAGGUCAAAAGUUCUCAGGAAUGAAGAGUCAUGAUUGUCAUGUGUUUAUGCAACGACUACUUCCAUUCGCUUUUGCUGAGCUCCUUCCUAAAAAUGUACAUGAAGCACUUGCAGCGAUCAGAGCUUUCUUCAGAGACCUUAGCACACGUACGUUCAAGGAAGAAGUCAUCGAACAACUUCAUGAGAACAUCCCGAUCAUAGUGUGCAACCUAGAGAAGAUAUUUCCUCCAUCAUUUUUUGACGUCAUGGAACAUCUAGUUGUCCACCUCCCGUACGAAGCAUUACUUCGCGGACCUGUUCACAACGGAUGGAUGUAUCCAUAUGAGCGCUCUAUGAAACAUUUGAAGGGGAAAGCAAGAAAUCUUGCAAAGGUGGAAGGUUCGAUUGUGGCUGGAAGUUUGACAGCAGAAACAUCUAACUUCACAUCAUACUACUUUGCUUCAACGGUUCGUACGAGGAAAAGAGUUCCUAAAAGAUAUGAUGAUGGUGGAGUACCGCAAUCUUAUGCAGUAGACGGUGUUCCUGACAUUUUCUGCCAAAUUGGACGGUUUGGUGGUAAACUGAGAGAAGUAUGGUGGUCCAGUGAUGAGGAUAAGCAUAGUGCCCACACUUAUAUUCUGCUCAACUGCGAGGAUGCUGUGACGCGUUCUUUUGAAAGCUUGUUUGUAUCUCAAGUUGAAGAAGCAAUACCAGGAAUAUCCGCAACCGAGGUGGAUGCAAGGAAAGAUAAGCACUUUGUCAAGUGGUUAAAAGGACAUGUUGAUUAUGACGAUCCAUAUUAUCCUGUAUGGUUUCAUGAUUUGAUCCAAGGUCCAGUAGCAAAGGCCACCACAUCAUCUAUGUACUUCACACGAGGUUUCACUUUUCAUACAUAUGAGUAUGGGAGACAUCGGAUAAAAUGUGUCCUCUUCAAAUGCGAGUGGUUCGACCCCGUGGAGAACCGUGGUGUUCGGUUUAACAAAUUUGGUGUUGUGGAUAUCCAUUCUGGGAGAAGAUAUAACAAAUUCGAGCCUUUCAUCUUAGCUUCCCAAGCCGAACAAGUUAGCUUCCUUCCAUACCCUCGCCUUCGAAGUUCUAGGAUAAAUUGGUUAACUGCUAUCAAAAUUACACCUCGCGGACGGAUUGUUGCUGGAGAAGAACCACCUUUGCAAGAAGAAGAUGCAAUCAAUGAAGUUGAGGUACCUGAUCAACAAACUGAUGAAAUUCUUUUGGUCGACCCGGAUAACCGUCAAUAUGAAGAUCUUCCUGAAGAUGUGACGGAUGAAGCACGUGAAGAUGAGUUCGAUAGAAGCGAUGAUGAUCAUUGUAGUGAUGUUGAUGAGAACUCAAAUGAUUCUUCAUGA